AUGGUGAUCGCUUUAGCCGUGUGUUUGAUGGUGAAUUUCGUGUCCGGUUUCACGGAAGAAGUUUCCCCGUGCCUGGGAGACAAAUUGUAUCUUCCUCAUCCUACCGAUUGUACCCGGUACAUUACAUGUAUUGGAACGAAAGCCUUCGAACAACACUGCCCAGCUGGUUCGGAAUGGGAUAUUUCGGAGUCGACGUGCAUUAUACCAGAAGUGCCAAAAUGUGGCGUUGGACGUAAACCUCCGCCACCACAUGUCAGCAAGUGCCCCCCACAGCUUACCCGCUGUCCUGUACAUGCGAAUCCGACCGAGGAAGUGAUCUUUAUACCGCACAGUGUUUGUCAUAAAUUCUACGCUUGUGUGUCGGCCGUUCCCGUUGAGCUGAGCUGCCCGAAGCGGCUCUACUGGAACCAUGAGUCAUGCAAAUGUGACUAUGAAUAUUCACCCGGUACUGAAUGUGUUGUGGAGCGACCAAAGCCAACGUUGGGGUUACCUUCUUUUAGUCGUGUACGCCGUUCGGACGAAGAAGUGACCACAACGGCACCGGAAGUGUCUGGUGCGGCUAUUCGUGGCGUUACUUCGAUUUUAGUGCUAAUUGUGACGGUGGUUUUGAAUGUAUGA